UUGAGCAAAUAAAACUUGACAAUUUCUUUGGCUUGAAAAAUAUGGCUGUAAAAUAAUCCAAAGCCUUUGUUCAAACAUUAUUAAUUUUAAACUGAAAUGCUGGUAAAAAUUAUUUGUCCGAGCUUCGACGGAAACAUUCAAAGUUAACCUACCAUACAGUGAAUAAGAAACCAAAGAAAAAUGUCGCUGGAACGAGGAAAAAUUUAUAGUGUGAUGUGAUUAUGACAGAAACGAUGCACACGGGGUAAUAGUUCACGAAAGUUUUGUUAUGAUUGAGAGGGUGCUUGGCAAUUCGAAUUUGUAUUGUGAUAUUGAAGAGUUGUUCACACAAUUAGUUCCGGUGACGCGAAUAGGUGUAUUUUUAAGAGAAGCCAGUUGCUUGACUGAAGCAUGAGUAGUUGGGUUUUAUUAACUUGCUCAAAUGGUUGGAUAACAACCUCUGAAUUAAGUUAGAAAUGCUUAGAAAUUGAAAUGUCCAGUGUUGUCAUCACCAACACUCUGAAGAUGCCGAUGUCACGGACGCAACUUUUUCCUGUAACUUCACAUUCAUACAUACAAGAGGGUGGGGGUGGUAAUUUGCCCCCUCUAAACAAAAACUCACUGAAAGAACAAAGUCCCCCUGCUGCUUCAACUGCGAGUUCAGCAAACUCCGCUGGUCUUCCCGAAUUAAAUGUAGGGGCUACUUGUGCCCUCCAAUGUUUAGCAAGAAGUGGCACUGUGACAACUCCUAUCAAAACUUCACAAGUGUCUUUGACUAAUAUCAGUGGUGACUGCAAGCCAAGGACUACUUUAGCAACUCCUGAGCAAGUUAUGAAAUUGUUUAUGAAUAAAUUAACACCUUACGAGCAUCAUGAAAUUUUUAACUAUCCGCAGAUCUAUUUUAUAGGAGCUAACGCUAAGAAAAGACCUGGAAUUAUAGGGAAUCCUAACAAUUCUGACUAUGACAAUGACCAAGGGUCUUAUAUUCACAUUCCUCAUGAUCAUGUUGCUUAUAGGUAUGAAGUACUUAAAUGCAUUGGAAAAGGUUCAUUUGGACAAGUGGUAAAAGCUUAUGAUCACAAGAAUCAUAUGCAUGUGGCACUCAAAAUGGUUAGGAAUGAGAAGAGGUUCCACAGACAAGCUCAGGAGGAAGUUCGGAUUUUAGAGCAUCUAAGGAAACAAGACAAAGAUAACACUAUGAAUAUAAUUCAUAUGCUCGAUUCAUUUACAUUUAGAAACCACAUGUGCAUCACUUUUGAGUUACUCUCCAUAAACCUGUACGAACUUAUAAAAAAAAAUAAAUUUCAAGGCUUCAGUCUGCAGCUUGUGAGAAAAUUCAGUCAUUCUUUACUCUUAUGUUUGGAUGCCCUCAACCGCAACAAGAUAAUCCAUUGUGACAUGAAACCCGAAAAUGUUCUUCUUAAGCAACAAGGACGUAGCGGUCUUAAAGUAAUUGAUUUUGGAUCGUCAUGUUACGAAAAUAAUAGGGUGUAUACCUACAUACAGUCGAGAUUUUAUCGUGCCCCGGAGGUAAUAUUGGGUGCCAAAUAUGGCAUGCCGAUUGACAUGUGGUCGUUGGGUUGUAUAUUAGCCGAAUUAUUGACCGGAUUUCCCCUAUUACCUGGCGAAGAUGAAGCCGAUCAAUUAGCUUGCAUCAUGGAACUUCUGGGAUUGCCCCCACAAAAGCUCCUCGACCAAUCAAAGCGGGCCAAAAAUUUUAUCAGUUCUAAAGGGAUCCCCAGAUACUGCACAUGUUCGACUUUAGCUGACGGUACGGUGGUGUUAUCGGGUGGUUUAAGUCGGAGGGGUAAGCCGCGUGGUCCGCCAGGCGGUAAGGAUCUCAAACGGGCUCUUAAGGGGUGCGACGAUCCCUUGUUUCUGGACUUUAUCCAGCGCUGCCUUGAAUGGGAUCCCGAGCAAAGGAUGACUCCCAGUGCUGCCUUACGUCACGCGUGGCUUCGAAGAAGACUUCCGAGGCCACCAAACGAGAAAGAUCAAAAUAGCGCGGGAGCGUCCAGGAGCACAUCUACCGGUCCACGAACCCCCAAAACGCAAGAGGGAGAUGCAUGACCUGGUAAAUACUACUUUUUGUAUAAGUGUUGUGUUGAAAGGCAUACCAUACGACAGUGUAACGUCGCAGCCUUAUGGGCUUAUUACCGUUGGAUACAUUUUAGGUGCGGACGUUAUGACAGGAUCGAUGUUUAAAUCUUUGCAGUUGACUGUGAAAAUAUGCUGGAUUGUUUUUCCCUCCGCAGGUUUUUUUUUCUCCCCCCAGGUUCGAGGUUAAACGCGAAACAUGACAAUAAUAGUAAAACCGUUUUCAAUUUUCGCGACCACAGUGAUCGCUUCCACGGGAAUAAUUAUUUCGUAUUCGAUGGGAGAGGGAAUGGAAAAAAUAUCCGCUGGACUUUCUAAUAGUUUUUUCAAACUUUGCCGUAAAUAUAAAGUCAAAUCUCCAUUUGAAUAUCCAAACCCAUUAAGUUUACUUCGGUAUUUCCCCGCCAUCCCCAUGGGUUGUAGACGUUGCCAAGUUGACAGAAACUGCGCGAAUAAAACGGUCUUAUAUUUAGGAUCUGUCGAGUAAUUUGGGACUUUUUUUUAUUGUAAUUUUGGAGUAUUGCACUUUGAUGAGUAUUUUUUUAAAAAGAGUCUCGAUAAUCCUUGGAUUAUUGAUUAAUAAUUCGUAAAGUUGACGAUUUUUCACUACUUUUUUUAGGACGAUGUGUUUCUAAUUAUUUAUACAUUUAUUUCACCACGUUUUCAUCACGUUUUCGCGAUAUUUAUUAUCAUUUUCAUCGUCAUUUUAGGUGUGCAAUAAGGAGAUAUCAUUGUGUUUUUUUUUGUAAUAUUUAAAACUGCCUUUAUUUAGGUUAUCUACUGAAAAGACUAUUAGUUUUCUUUUUAAUUAAGACGAUUUUUUUUCCAAUUUGUAUCUGUGUAAUAUCUACUUAAUUGACAUAGAAAUCGGUUUAAAUUUCAUUUGUACUUUUAUACUGUUUUGGUAUCCGCGAGCUUUGCUGAAAACUUCUUGGAGCUUGUUGUAAAUAUCUACAAAUACCUUCCUAAUGAACUGCAACCUCGUUAAUGCGAACAAGAAAAUACAAAAAAAGCAUAGGAAUGUACAGGGUCGGUUUUCGUAUUUUUGCAUUAAACUUAAAAAAAAAAGCAUAUUCGCGUCGCAAGUUAUAUUACUUAAUAGAACUCCCUAUAUUUUUUUCCAGAUUUCUAAAAUACUUAUGUUGCUGUUAUUGCAAUAAACCACUUUUGAAUUAUUUAAGUUUAAAAUUUUAAACUUAAUUGACGUAAUUCGAAAACGGCUUAUAAAAGUAUGGAUUUUUAUAUUUAAUUUUGAAAUUUCAAAUUUAAAUAAUUUUUUAAAUAUUUUUAGAAAUUAAGGGUGAAGUAUAUCUUCCAUCAUCGGAGAAAAAAUAUAUAUAUUUAUAGGGCCUUCCAGUAAAACAAAAUAAGGUACCACUGUACAUUAAUUCCAACAUUUCUAAUUCAUAAAAAAAAUUAUUCUAAAAGCAAGCGUUAAGGUAUGUUUAGAUAAAUAAACAGGGCGUUCCGAAAUUAAUGCAGGACCAAAGUAAACCCUAGUCUCCUAUAUAAACAUAUUUCGAGCAACACAAUAAUUUUUUUGACGCGAAAUUUUUUUUAAAACAUUUGCCAGUGCCGUCCGUACCAGAUUUGUAUGGAAUAAAUUCAAAGAAAAAACGGUGCGCCACUGCCUUUUCCUUAAAUGCAAUGAAAUCCCCAUGAAACAAAUUUGAUCUGUUGAUUUUUUUGCACCCUUUUCAGUAGAAUAAAAAUAAAAAACCAUUUCAUGAUAAAAUUAUUAAAAAUUAAUACUCUAAAGUUUCAAACUAUUUCUGUAAAGGAUUUUGCAUCAAUAAAGACCUUUGGCUUCUUGAAAGCAAUGCAUAAAAUGUUAAUGAAAAUCUCGGUUGGUUUGAAAAUUAUGUAAAAAAUAUACUUUUUUUCUUAGAAUUUCAAUACCGUGCAUAUAGGAAAGGAAAUGUUUAUAUAGGAAACUAUAUUUUAAUUAUUGUUGAUUAAUUAAUUCUGCAAAACCCUGUAUACAGUAUAAUAAAUGUUCAAGAAUACUGCCAUUUACCCCAGAGUAUUAGGAAAGCAAAGUUUUUUGGAUUCUCAUACUAGUUGAACAUUUUUAAAUAUGUUAUAAGAUAUAACCAAAUAAAAAUAAGUUUAUAAUAAGAGUAUUUGAUUAUUUUUACAUUACAUUCUUGGAACUUGGUGAAAAUGUCAAAAAUGACUACAAUACAGACUGACAUUUUUUAGCAUAAACAAACCUUAUACAUAUCACUUGUUUUGGAAUUUUGAAAAAUUCCUUUUAUAAGGUCUUUUUUUAAAUUAAAAUUUGGUUUACCCAAAUGUUUCGAAUAUACAUAUAUAAUGUCAUGUAACGUGAUGUUAACAAUAUUUUGGUAAUAAAACACUCAAUCAAUGAAAACACAUUUGGAACUUUAAAAUGAUCGUGUAUGUUCAGAUUAACGAAGUUGCAUUGUACCUACUUUUAAAUCCAAAAAAAAAUUUUGUUUGUGAUAAAACAGUGAUAUUAGGUACCUAAUAUCAGUUUAACGUCAUUAGAGUGAUUUUUCGAUCUUUAAGUUUACUUGGAAUCUUUGUUUUACGAGAUCAUUCAUAUAUGUAUAACUACCAAACGCGCUAUGCUAGUAAGUUACGUCACCGAAUAUUAACAUAGGCAAGAAAGGACACCCUGGUCGUAAAUCCCAAUACCUGUUUUUCUUUUGCCCGUUCUAUAUACACCCGAAACUCGUAUGCUGGUCGUCACCGAAUGUCAAGUAGUCCAAGAGAGACGAGUAACGCUUCGAGCUCCGAUGGAGGGUGUUUCUUGUUUUGUUAAUGCUCGGCAGUUAUGUGUAAAGCCGUUUAAACAAUGAGUUGCUCAAUGGUCGAUAAAUAUAACAGUGCGAAAACCAUAUUGGUCAGUAUAAAUUAGAACGCAACCAAUAAACCGAUGUAUAUAAACUAACUGGGAAGGAUUAGGAUGUUCCCAUUAUUUUACUAGUGGUAAUUAGACGGCGUUUUUGUGAUAAGUUAUAAUUUUAGUUUAUACUGAUAUAUAUGAGUAGCUUAAAAAUAAUUUUGAGUCGCCUUGAGUUUUGCUUUCGUUUUUUACUUCUAAAGUAUGUGUGUACAUAUAUAUAAAUGCGUAGUUCUAAUGUGUACAAGGUGUUUUAGAAAACUAGUAUUUUCUGAUUUUUUGUUUGUUUAAUAUUCGUACUGCCCUUUACGAAAAUGUUUGCGUAGGUACCGGACGGAUUGAUGGAAAGUAUCCCCAUUUUUUUUUUUUUGCUUUUAGAAUUCUUUUUGUAUCUAGGGUACUUUUCAUUGCCCAAUGGUACCGUAAGGAUAAACGUGGUGUCAGGGUAUCCUAAAAACAGUUCUUUCUUAUGUGCAACGACUGUUUACAUUGGCCUGACUAGCGAAUUUAGGAUCGAUGUUAAAAUAGCAGAUUUGUACGGACAAUAGUUACGUGGUGUGAAUCACUAGCAGUGGUGAUCUACUCACAACCCAAAGCAAAUUGAAGCCGCAUUAAGAGCCAGAAAUAUUGUUUCCCUCCGAAGAAAGUUCGUUUUUUUUUUUAAAUAAUUUCUACAAUUAACUGUUUUUUUCUUCUGGCUGUGUAAAUAGAGUGCCUACUGAAGCAAGCCAAUCAAUACGUUAGUAAGUUGUCCAAACUGUAAUUAUUAGAGUUUAAUUGUAAAUAUAUUGAUUUAGGGGAUGUAAUUUCGGCACUCUCAUUCAAACCUUAAUCAUUAAAGGCAAACAAUGUAUUGGACAAAAAUACUGUACCUCUUUUUUUUUUAAUUGCAGUAUUUCGAGCACUUUUCAUAUGUGUUUUGCUAUUAUUUCGUUUUAUUUUAGAUAAGUAAGUUUUUGACUGAAAAAGGACUACUUCCUGAACGCACACAUUUUACAAAACUUCCUAAAUGUGUUUAUUUGAAACAAUAAAUGUUCGUAUCACCUUUAAAAAAAAACGAAGCACCUGUUAUACUAAUUUGCAGCAUAACAUUCACUUCACCCGUGAUUCGAACAUUUUUGUAAUGCGUGAUUUACGUUGAGAAUAAAUUCGGCCAUUUUUAUUCUGUGUACAUUUUAUGACGCCCACCCACAGACAAAUGGUUAACGCAAUUGCCGCCAGUUGAUGAGCUGUUGUUCUGAUUCCGGUCUAAAGGCCUUUGUUGGUUAGCAUUGUUUCCUAACGUUUCGCAAGCAUAAGUAACAAGCUUGUUCAGAGGUCCAUCUCUGCUUAGACCCGAGCUAUGACCACAGCCCGCCUACAGAGUUUAUUAAAAGCGGUAGUUAAACACUUUUUAUAUAAAAGUUUUGUGAUUUUUUUCUCGAUUAUUUUCUGAACAUAACAGUAAAAGCAUGAUGGUCGUAAAGAUAAAUAUAUCACCAACUUCAUAGCACUUAUAUUUUUACUCAUUGUAAAAGUUCUUUGUUUCCCGUUUUCAUAAAUAUAUAUUUUAGUUUAGCCGUUAUUGAAACAAUUUUCACUAAACGUUUUCAUUGUUUGAAUAAAAAAGACUAAUUAUUUCAAGAUUUUUGGUAUUCUGAAUAACCUAUAUGAUAAACAAAUAGUGUUUGUAGGAAUUAUAAUCAGUCUGAGUGACACUAUUAAUACCAGGGUGUCAUCAGAAUUUACAAUGUUUUAAUUUCGAAGGCAACAAUGAUGGUGAUUAUUUAGCAAAAUUUAAUACUUUCAAAAAUCCAAAUACUGUCCGACCAUAUAUACAGAGUGCUGCACAGGCUUUUAUGUAAAACGUCCUUGCGUAUCCCCCGUAUCCCCUUUAAUAAUAUAAAUGAAAACUCUGUACUUUAAAAAUAUCUGAAACUUUAAAAUGAGGUCUAUUAAGUUGGGUUCUUCAGUAAAUAUGUUGACAUACAAAAAACUCUGCGUCCCAUAAUUGCUUCAGUAAAUUUUAUCUCAAAUAGCUGUUUAAUUGCGAAUUAAUUUUCAACGUAAAUCGUUAUAUAUAACGGAACUUUUAAAUAUUAAUUUGUUUUCACUUAAUUUUAGAAUGUCUAUUUAGAAAAAUUAAAUAGUCACUUAUUCGGAGAAACGGACGUCUCUGGAUAAUAAAUAAAAAGCAAAUAUGACAUUUUCCUGUUUUUUGCUAUUAGUUUUAAUUAAUUAGUUGUAAUAACCAUCAACUGCCGACUGCUGCAAAAUAGGGCUUGAUCUCGUAUAUAAGUUUAACGAAAAUAUUCACUAUCUUCGUCUUGGAUUUUACUUUGAUUUUAAACCACCUUUCGCCUGUUUUUAUUUUCUUAUCGUCGUCGCUAUCCUUUAACACUUCACGAUGGUUUUUCAAAAGAUUUUUGUGGGAAGGAAAAUAUAAGAUUCGACUUUUCAGUUUACACACAAAAUUACCCUGCUAAGAUUGACUAACUACUGUUUUAACUUCUAGCAAAGAUGUGAUUGUAUGUAGCGUUAAGUCAUGUUUAUAUAUCAUACUAAUAGGAUUUAAAUACAUUUCUCUUUAUUAUAAUGCCGUUGUUUUAUUUAAUCCGCGUUCUAUUUUAACAGUGACGUCAUUCAGUGUGUAAUAAUACGUAAUUGGUAAUAAAAUAUGAUGAAUAAGAAAACCAUCAAGUCCAAUAGUGAGUUCAAACAGAUUGAAUUAAGUUCCGGAUAUAUUUGCCCAACAUAAACACUUUUUUAGAUGUUUUACUCAUUGACUCAUGUUUUAGUUUACGACAACCUUUUUAACGUUCACAAUAUAUAAAUACGUACCUGUAAUUAGUGAUUUA